AAUAAUAAUAAUAAUAAUAAUAAUAAUAAUAAUAAUAAUAAUAAUAAUAAUAAUAAUAAUAAUAAUAAUAAUAAUAAUAAUAAUAAUAAUAAUAAUAAUAAUAAUAAUAAUAAUAAUAAUAAUAAUAAUAAUAAUAAUAAUAAUAAUAAUAAUAAUAAUAAUAAUAAUAAUAAUAAUAAUAAUAAUAAUAAUAAUAAUAAUAAUAAUAAUAAUAAUAAUAAUAAUAAUAAUAAUAAUAAUAAUAAUAAUAAUAAUAAUAAUAAUAAUAAUAAUAAUAAUAAUAAUAAUAAUAAUAAUAAUAAUAAUAAUAAUAAUAAUAAUAAUAAUAAUAAUAAUAAUAAUAAUAAUAAUAAUAAUAAUAAUAAUAAUAAUAAUAAUAAUAAUAAUAAUAAUAAUAAUAAUAAUAAUAAUAAUAAUAAUAAUAAUAAUAAUAAUAAUAAUAAUAAUAAUAAUAAUAAUAAUAAUAAUAAUAAUAAUAAUAAUAAUAAUAAUAAUAAUAAUAAU